CAGAAGUGGUUUUGUAUGUUUUUCGUUUACAAAACUGAUCUCACAAUAAGUAUUAUAAAAAUGAUGAGAUUUACACUAAUCUGUGUAAUACUUGUCACAUAUUCUCUGUCUAUUAAUGCAUUGGUAAAUUCUGUGACUGAGAAACCAGAAAAUAAGUCAAAAUUGUUGAUCAUAUUAGUGGACGGCUUUCGUUGGGAUUAUGUCUCACGAGAGAAGACACUCAAAGGUUUUCCACGGAUUGCACAAAACGGUGUGUCCGCCAAAUAUGUAAAUCCCAUAUUUCCGGCCAAUUCUUACCCCAAUUGGUAUUCAAUAACAACCGGUCGUUACGCCGAAACUCACGGAAUGAUUGAAAACUAUAUGUACGACAGUAAGACCGGCGAUCACUUCUUCAUGAGUCCGCACCCAAACGCCUCACACACUCAUUGGUGGACACAGAGUGAGCCGCUGUGGAUAACAGCCGAGAAACAGGGCGUUAGGACCGCAAUGUUUGACUGGGAUGGGUGUCAAGUGAGCUUCAAUGGCACCAAAGUUACGACUUGUGAUCCGUAUCACUCAGUAUCGGACGAUAUCCAAAAAGCCGAUAACGAAACCCGAAACUACGGUCAAAAAAUUUUAGAUGAGUUCGCGGCCGAUAAAUAUAGACUCGUAUUUUUGUACCACGAGAUUGUCGAUCACACCGGUCACGGUUAUGGACCAAAUUCUGCUAAAAUUUCAGAAGCUAUUCGAGGAAUCGAUGAAAUUCUUAACGAUUUAUACGAUUCGUUAGAGAAGAGAAAGUUAGACAAAGAAGUGAAUGUUGUCAUCGUUUCCGAUCACGGAAUGACACAAAUCAAUGAUUUCAAAAUAGUUGAGCUCAAAGAAGUCGACUUUAAAAACAUCGAGAUAUUUCUCUGGGAGGGGGCUAUUGCACAGGCGACGCCCAAAGCGGGCAAACUCGAUGAGGUUUAUAAGCAAUUAAGUGAAGUGAAAGGCAUUAAAGUUUAUAAAAAGGACGACAUUCCCGAAAAGUUUCAUUAUAAGCACAAUUCAUUAGUUUUGCCUCUUUUAGUGACCGUCGACGUCGGCUAUACUCUUAGACCGGAAUCCGUAGAUUCUGUGACUGAGAAACCAGAAAAUAAGUCAAAAUUGUUGAUUAUAUUAGUGGACGGCUUUCGUUGGGAUUAUGUCUCACGGGAUAAGACACUGAAAGGCUUCCCACGAAUCGCACAAAACGGUGUGUCCGCCAAAUAUGUAAAUCCCAUAUUUCCGGCCAAUUCUUACCCCAAUUGGUAUUCAAUAACAACCGGUCGUUACGCUGAGAAUCACGGUAUGAUUCAAAACUAUAUGUACGACAGUAAGACCAACGAAACCUUUUUGAUGAAACCCCCCGUCUCUUCACACACUCAUUGGUGGACACAGAGUGAGCCGCUGUGGAUAACAGCUGAGAAACAGGGAAUUAAGACCGCAAUGUAUGUGUGGGAUGGAUGUCAAGUGUCUUUUAAUGGCACCAAAGUUACUAAUUGUGUUGAAUAUCAUGCGGUCAACGAAGACAUUCGUAAAGCCGAUAACGAGACCCGAAACUACAACCAAAAAAUUUUAGAUGACUUCGCGGCCGAUAAAUAUAGACUUGUAUUUCUAUACCACGAGAUUGUCGAUCACAUCGGACACAACUGGGGACCCAAUUCUUCAAACAUUACAGAAGCGGUUAAAGGAAUCGAUGAAAUUCUUUACGAUUUAUACGAUUCGUUAGCGAAGAGAAAGUUAGACAAAGAAGUGAAUGUUGUCGUCGUCUCCGAUCACGGAAUGACACAACUCGAUAAUUAUAAAGUAAUAUGGUUAAAUGAUUCUGUCGAUUUUAACAACAUCGAGCUAUUUCUUGGAGCGUGGGGAGGGGCACAGAUUACACCCAAAGCCGGCAAACUGGAUGAGGUCUAUAACCAGUACCUAUUCUGUCAUAUAUUGGGUAUUAAUCCCAUCCCUAAUAACGGAACCGAUAGUAAAGUGCGACCAAUGCUUGAAUCCGUAGAUUCUGUGACUGAGAAACCAGAAAAUAAGUCAAAAUUGUUGAUUAUAUUAGUGGACGGCUUUCGUUGGGAUUAUGUCUCACGGGAUAAGACACUGAAAGGCUUCCCACGGAUCGCACAAAACGGUGUGUCCGCUAAAUAUGUAAAUCCCAUAUUUCCUGCAAAUUCUUACCCAAAUUGGUAUUCAAUAACAACCGGUCGUUACGCCGAGAAUCACGGUAUGAUUCAAAACUAUAUGUACGACAGUAAGACCAACGAAACCUUUUUGAUGAAACCCCCCGUCUCUUCACACACUCAUUGGUGGACACAGAGUGAGCCGCUGUGGAUAACAGCCGAGAAACAGGGAAUUAAGACCGCAAUGUAUGUGUGGGAUGGAUGUCAAGUGUCUUUCAAUGGCACCAAAGUUACCAAUUGUGUUGAAUAUCAUGCGGUCAACGAAGACAUUCGCAAAGCCGAUAACGAGACCCGAAACUACAACCAAAAAAUUUUAGAUGACUUCGCGGCCGAUAAAUAUAGACUUGUAUUUCUAUACCACGAGAUUGUCGAUCACAUCGGACACAAUUGGGGACCCAAUUCUUCAAACAUUACAGAAGCGGUUAAAGGAAUCGAUGAAAUUCUUUACGAUUUAUACGAUUCGUUAGCGAAGAGAAAGUUAGACAAAGAAGUGAAUGUUGUCGUCGUUUCCGAUCACGGAAUGACACAACUCGAUAAUUAUAAAGCAAUAUGGUUAAAUGAUUCUGUCGAUUUUAACAACAUCGAGCUAUUUCUUGGGGCGUGGGGAGGGGCACAGAUUACACCCAAAGCCGGCAAACUGGAUGAG